GCUCACAACAAAGAAAAAUGCGGAAGCUGUAACCGGAAGUACAGUUUAGGAGGAAAAGUUAGCUGGCUGGUUAGCCAGACAGACAUCUCAUAUUCCUUGGAAAAAUAGACAGGGAAAGGGUGAUGGCAACAGCCAUUUAGGGUACAGAUAGACCUACCGUUAAAUAAUAAAUAGAAAGGGGCCGGUUGAGGACGAUAAACCGUGUCAUCGAAGUAGAGAGAAGCGAGGAAGUAACGUUAGCCCUCUACAACCUCUCUGGCUAACUACCAAUUGUAGGGAGGCUGCUAGCCAGCAAAAAUAGACAGUAAAAAGACAACAUGGCUGACUCCAGCGGCAGUAAGCCCUUCAUGGUGACUUCCUCCAUCAACCUCAAAGUCACCACCCCCUCCUUCUACAACCAGCCAAAGAAGUUUGCCUCGGUCAACCCGCCACGCCCCAAAAGCCAGUCCGACCCGUCGCCUCCCCCGGGCUCAACUCCUCCCCCAGGUCCCUCUCCUCCCCCCAGUCUGGUCUCCUCAACACGCGGUGUCGGCACAGCUGUCAUUGGUCGAGUUGGAGUGAUGCCUCCACCCCCACCAUCGCUCUGCGAAGACUUCCCGCCCCCUCCUCCUCCAUUGGACGAUGAGCUGCCAGCCCCUCCCCCCAAUUGUGCAACCACACCGCCAGCCUCUGAUGCCCCUCCCCCUGCCUUCCCUCCCCCCCCCGCAGUGGAUGACCUGCCCCUCCCCCCCGCCCCGCCUGAGGAGAAUCCCUGUCUCCCCCGUUCCCCGUCUCCCCCACCUCCACCACCCCUCCCCCUCUCCCAGUCUCUGGUCCCAGCAGUGUCCCCAGUGCUGGGGAGAACUCUCAGCGUCUGGAAAAGCAGACUAGUUUUGACAAACAGCUGGGCUCUCUGACUGACCUGCUGUCUGAGAUGGAGACCAGAGGACCCUUCAACCCCAAGUUGCCCAGUCAGUACUCAGCUCCUCCUCCUCCUGCCCCCAAGCCCGCAGGUCCUCCCCCCACUGCUCCCAAGCCCAACCUCUCCUUCCUCCCCCCUCCAGAGAUGGGAGACAAGCCCCCUCCCGCUCCCUGGGCCGAGGAGCUCAAACUCCGAACGACACACCGACAAGCCAAUAACGCUACAUCCGCCCCAGCUCCUGCCCCACAGCCAUUUGCUAAGGCCCCAGUCGGGGCUUCUAAGGCUUUUGGGGGCAUGAAAACGGGGACGUCCGUGCCCCCUGUGGGGCUGAAGAACCAGAACCACGCCCCGGCUCCAUUUGGUGUUGCUCCUAAACCUUCCCCUGCAGCCAGCUCCUUCCCUCCUCCUCCUGCCGCCCCUCCAGCCAACAAAGUGGCUCCCCCAGCCUUCAAUCACUCAAAGCCGUCUUCCAUUGACUCUCAGAUGACUGUGAGCCCGCCCCCUCCUGCUCCCGUGCCCCCUCCUCAGCCCAAAGCGAUGACAUCACCACCCUCUUCUUACAGCCAGCCAAUGAAAUCUCCCCCUUCAUCAAAGCCCUCGCCCCCUGGGCCUGUCUCUGUCCCAGGUGGAGGUGUUCCUCUCUCCAUGAGGGAGGUGGAGGAGCUGGAGAGAAUGACCAAUGCAUUCAUCAAAGACAUGGACACACACGCUCCCGUCAUCACCUCAGCACCUACAGAGGUAUGUGGGAAGUGUGGUGAGGCUCUGUCUCGUUCCCAGCCUGCAGUGAGAGCUAUGAACAAACUCUUCCACUCUGACUGUUUCUGCUGCAUGAGCUGCCAUCGCCCCCUGCAGGGCAUGCAGUUCUACGACAAGGACGGGACGCCACAGUGUGAGGACUGCUACACUAGUUCUCUGGCGGUGUGUUCUCGGUGCGGGGAGCGUAUUACAGACCGUGUGUUGAAGGCGGUGGGCCAGUGUUUCCAUGCCCACUGUUUCCGCUGCUGCACCUGCGCCUGCAGCCUGGAGGGGGCGCCCUUCAUCACCGAUGACGACAACAACCCAUACUGUGUCCCAGACUACCACAGGCGUUUCUCUCCCCUGUGUGUGAGCUGUAAUGAGCCCAUAGUUCCUGACGCUGGCAGUCAAGAGACCGUCAGAGUCGUGGCCCUCGACAAGAACUUCCACCUCAAGUGCUACCGCUGUGAGGAUUGUUCCCGCCCCCUCUCCAUAGAGGCGGACGCAGACGGCUGCUACCCAUUGGAUGGCAGGAUCCUGUGCAUGAAGUGCCACACCCAGCGGGCCAAGGCUAUGCAGUGAUUGGUAGACACAUUUGUUAUUCAAGUCGAACUUUGAACCAAAUCCAAGGCACAGGAUCCAUUCAGCUUCCACCGUUCUGUCUUUGCAACAGGGCUUUACUUGUGCGCUGUGUGUGUGUGUGUGUGUGUGUGUGUGUGUGUGUGUGUGUGUGUGUGUGUGUGUGUGUGUGUGUGUGUGUGAGUUCAUGAGUGAAAGCGAGUAUGUUUGCAUGCAGAUGUCAUUAUGUCUCUCUCCUCUUUCUGCUUAUUCCCCCUCUCAGUCCAGAGGUAAUGUACUGCACUGAGAUAGACUUCCUCCUCCCCUCCUUCUCCCCUUGUGUUAAUGCCAGUCUUAUCAAGGCCAUUUUUUGUUUACGCUAAAAUACCCAGCAUGACUUGCACAAGUAUAGCUUAGUCAUGGGCUGUGUCCCAACAGUCAGAUGGUUUCCUCUCCUCUUCUCUCUCCACUGAUAGGAAAACAUGUUGAGAAGGUUUCAGCCAUACAACUUUGAUUUGUCUUUCACUUUUCAGUGGUAUGGAAGGAAAAGAGUGGAACUAUUUCUGAGUAUUUGAGACAUAGUUAACAGUAAGGUGAAGUUGCCCCUAAAUGCUGAUCUUGGGUCAGUUUUGCAAUUCCCCCUACUGAUUAUGGUUAGGUAUGGGGAAAGCAAAUUGACUUUAGAUCUGUGCUUACUGGCAACUUUUUACCAGUAGUUUAGUGUAACCCCCUGACCCCAGUGCACGAGGAGUUGAACAAAAGUUUAAGGUGGACUAAUUCAUGUUCCCCUGCACCUCCCAUAGGGCUGAGCUCUGGUGGGCUGGUGGUACCUGAAGCACUUUGGGAGUUGUAGUGCCUGCAAACAUACAAGUUGCUUAACUGCCUUUAGAGAGUGCUUUCUAUAGAACUACAUAUCCCAUCAGACAUGAUGUAGCAGAGCAGUGUGCUGUGGGAAAUGUAGUUCCUCUUGGGCUAAGAACUGAGUGCAAAAAAACGAACAAAAAUAUGUGAAUGUCGCUGUCGUUUGUUUUUGUUGUGUGCGUUUGUUGCUUUAUAGGCAUGCAUAGCUACAGAUCACUGUCAGUUACUCUCACCAGUUUAUCAAACACAGAAUGAGGGUACAAUAUGAUCAAAAUGACCAUUUAUUUCUUUGUGAAAAGAAUAGAAGAUUUAAGAUCAUGAUUAGAGACACUACCAAGAACAAAGGUCAAAAGUUUGCCAAGCACAGAUUCCAUUCCUAUGAUCUCCUCAUGUUAAAUAAUUAGAGUGCUGUAGUUUAAAGAGGACCACAUGGCAUAGAACAGACUCUACGCUCCAGGCAGAAGUUGCUCUUAACUGCUAGGAUCAGAUUACCCUGCCCCAUCCCUAAUCUUAAUUUAAAGGGGAUGGAGGGAAACAUUGGAUCCUGGAUCAGUAGUUAGGGGCAACUUCCAGGACCUAUAGGAUGAUACUAUCAUCCUCGAGGAAGUGUGCGUUCAAGAGCGCUUAUCUAGGUUGCAGGUGAGUUAAGAUAUCUAAUGAGUAACAUAGAUAUAGAGAUAUUACCUCUCAUUAAUUCAAUUCACCUAAAGGUAAACUCAUGGAUUUUUGCACUACAUCUGCAUUUACAAAUGCUUAGUAUUUUGUGCAUUUGCAGCUCUCUGAAUAAUGUAAUAGAACUGAUUCUGAAUCAGGGUUUUAAGUAUUAUAAACAUGCAGCAGAUCAAAUGGCCAGUCUGUUUUCCAGUAGAGUAUAAUAGGUCAUUGACUGUAGCAGCAGCAUGUAGAUCAAACCAAUACAGUUCAAGGUGUUGGUAACACAUCACUCAAAUGCAUCACACUUUAAAUUCACUGCCUUUAUUUUUGUGGAAUUCACUUCAAUUUUUAAUCAUGUUUUUUGUGUGCUUUACACAGUAUAUUGUUCCUUUCUCAUAAUACUCCAAUGAAUACCACUGUUUCCAUUAUUCAGCUUAGUGUUCUUUUAUGUCUUGAUAUCAGUUAUAUUUACUCUGCUUGUAAUCUUACCAUACUUUAUUUCAUUGAAGUACUUAUUUUCAGUGAUUUUUCUGUGAAACUUGGUGAGUUGCCAUUUCCACCCUAGUAUUCCUAUCCUGUUCAGACUGGUUUGGCACCGAACACCCAUCCUUCCACAUUCCUCAGUCUGGCAUAGCAACAUAACCCUAAUGACCAAACUAACAUCCUAAACCAUAUGGCCAAAUACGACUCAGGAUGCAUGUUAUCUGGGUCGUCGUUAUCAUCUUUAGUAUUCUGUUGUUUUCCGUUUUUUAUUUGCACACAUGAUUCCACCUUUGUGACCAUGCCUUUGUCAUCACUGUCAGACCAUUGGUGUGUGGUGAUGCCUUCAAAAACACCACUUUGCUCAUUUAUUUAAUGAUGAUUGCCUUCUUCUUUUCAUAUAGUUCUUAUAAAUCCUUCUUAUAUUUGUGUGUAUGUUUACGGUUCCAAACAUGCCAACAUUAAUUACCAGUACAUGUCAUUCUUUUUCUUUAAUUUUACUGAACUCAAAAUAAAACUGCUAAUUGCCUAA